AUGCUAUAUUAUAAUAUAUAUUUAGGAAAUAUUAACUCUAUUUUAUGGAAGAAGGCUAAGAAAAAUAUAGAUGAUAUACCUAUAGAAGAUCCCCCCUAUCAAUCUAAAAUAGUAAAAAUGAAAAAUAUUAUAUAUAAUAAUUUAAAUUCAUCAUUAUUAUUAAAUGGAAUAAAUGGAAUCUUAGUAUCUUUUAUAUGUACACCAUUUGAUGUUAUUAAAAAUUAUUGGAUUUAUAAUAUAGGCUUAGAGAAAUAUGAUAAAAUGUCAACAUUAUUAAUAGCAAAAAAAUUAUAUAAAUAUAGAGGAAUUAGAACAUUUUGGAGUGGUUUUUUACAUUCAACAUCCUAUACAGUCCCAUCAAAUAUAAUCUUUUAUAGUAGUUAUAAUUAUUUUUUAUCAAAUUUGGGAUUAUCUCCUGCUAUAUCAGGAAUGCAAGCUAGAAUAUUAACAAUUUUUACUAUAGCACCAAUGGAAUUUAUAAAAACAAGAAUUCAAGCUAAAGCAGGUACAAUUAAUACUAAAUAUUUAAUUAAGAAACUAAUAGAUAAUGGAGAAAUUACUCAUUUAUGGUUAGGAACAUGGACUACAAUACUUAGAGAUGUUCCAUUUACAGCUACUUAUUGGACACUUGUAGAAAAUUUGAGAAAAAAAUUUAUAAUAAAUAAUAAUCAAAAAGAAAAUAAAUAUAAUAAAUUAUUUCUUAUAAAACUUAUUUCUAUUGGAUCUUUUUCAGGUGUAAUAUCUACUUUGAUUAGUCACCCUUUAGAUGUAAUAAAAACUAAUAUACAAGUAUAUGAUCUCAAUAGAAAUAACCAAAUAAAUAGUUUUCCAUAUUUUUAUCAUAAUUUAUUUAAUAAGAUAUCUAGUGAAAUCUUUAGAAAGCAAGGUAUAAAAGGUUUUUAUGUUGGUAUUGUUCCAAGAAUAGCUAAAGUUAUGCCUGCUUGUGCUAUAUCAUUGACAAUAUUUGAAUUAUCUCGUCAAAAGAGAUUAAAUCAACAAAAUAAUAAAUAUGAUCAUUAUACUAGAAUAUAG